UGAACACAGUAUCGCCUAGAUACUCAGUCAGUACAGAGGGAAUACUUCAAGCGCUGAAAACAGAAACAGUGUUGUGCCAGUAUCAUCACUGCCACUGACAGACAUGAAGGUGUGCACGUGUCUGGUCCUCGUCUACACGUGUGUCCGGUUCAUGGACGCUAGGUUCACCUUUGAAGAGGAUAAAAACACAGUCGUCAUUUUCUCCGGAGAGCUGAAGAUUGAGUUAUGGAAGAACCCGUAUCACAUGGUGGUGUACGACAACACGACGGGGAAAUCUAUUGUAACAGAGCGCUCUGAUAAAGGACAUCGUCUUGGUUAUGGAAGGUGGGCCGGAGAAUAUUUUCACAUCUAUGAAGGCUAUUUAUGGAGACUUGGGGACAUUGUGGAAUGGUACGAGGCCACGAGUCUUGUUUCGGUUAGUUACGGUUCCAAUAACGUCACGGCAUACAUCGCCACCGACGACCCGAAGAACAGAACGAUUGAGCUGAGACUGUAUGACCUGCGUCAAAGGCAAUUCUCUUUCUCUUUCAUAAUGCCGGACGAGUCCAUGAACAGAGUCAGGUGGACCUUGGACACUCCUGACGUCCAACACGAAGGAUUCUACGGGUUUGGUGAGCGCUUCAACUCGCUGGAUCAAAGGUUAUACAAGGUCGGAUGUUGGACGCAGGACGGAAGUUUCAGCAUCGGCAAACUGUUUCCAAAAUUCCGGUUUCCAGGAGGCGAAUCCAGUACAUAUGUCCCCAUGCCGCUGUUUCUGUCAACGAAAGGGUACGGCUUCCAAAUGGACACAACAUACAGAGUGGAAUUUGAGUUUUCUCACGUUUAUAUUGCUGAAAUUCAAAUAGAAUCGAACAUUUUUGCAGCAACCUUGUAUGGAGGUCAUAAUGUCAGAGAUUCCUUCAACAGAAUCAUCGAGACUAAUGGACACUCACUUAUACCUCCGAAAUGGGCUUUCGGGCCUUGGAACCAGUUAGACGAUGAGGUGACUGGGGUCAAUAUUUCCCUCCGCGCUGAGGAUAUGCUGCUAAAAUAUGACAUUCCCUUUUCAAUGAACGUCAAUACUAUGCAUUUUCUCCCGGGAGGGGUGAACGAAAGCCUCUACCCCCAAAUUCUGGCUCGAAACGAGAAACUGCUAAAUAUGGGAAUCCCCUCGACGGCCUACUUUAAUCCCAUGGUUGAAACCUCCUACUACGGAACCUACGCUGAAGGUGCAAACAAGGGGUACUUCACCAAGAACGAGACAGGAGACCCGUACCAGUUCCUGUACGUGGCCGCCCACGUGUUCCAGGUGUCGCAGGUCGACUUCACCAACCCCGACGCAGUCGCCUGGUACCAGAGUCUUCUCCAACAAGGAAUAGACCUCCAGUUUAAGGGCUGGAUGUACGACUACGGCGAGUACACGCCGUCUAACUCUAUCAACAGCCUCAACCAGUCGGGUCUAGAGUCGCACAACGAGUACCCGCUUCUCUAUCAGAAAGCCUGUUUUGACCACCUGACAGCUAACAACACCCCCGGGUCGCCCUACGCCCCUGAUUAUGUGUACUACGUCAGAUCCGGUUACACUGGAUCUCAGAAGUACACGUGGGCGCAUUGGACUGGGGACCCGUCUACCGACUGGACUCAAGGGAGCGGAAUGAUUGCGCAGAUGAAGGGAAGUCUUAAUAUUGGUAUUUCCGGCAUGCCGUUUUCGGGUUCCGAUAUUGGGGGUUACGAGUGGUACACUGACCGGUCCCCGAGCCUGGAGCUGUGGGUACGGUGGACGCAACUUGGAGCCUUCAGUGGACUAAUGCACGAGCAGGGAGGCGGGAAGGGGUUCGGGGCAAAGACACACAUAUUCGACACCCCUGCUGGGACAAGACUGUGGCGAAAAUUUGCUAAACUGAGAACUCAGCUGUUUCCCUACAUCUACACACAAGCUCAUAUCGCACAUGAGACGGGCCUCCCCCUAAUGCGGGCACACAUUCUGGAGUUUUAUGACGACCCAGAGGCUUUUCUUGUGGAGGACCAGUACAUGUUUGGUGACAGUAUCCUAGUCGCUCCAAUACUCUCUGAGGGCUGGAGCGGGCGGGCUGUAUACCUACCCAAAGGAGAGACGUGGAUUGACAUCAGCAGCAAUAUGACGUAUGACGAACCUGAUGGUAGAUUUCGCAUCGGACAGUCGGAACCAGUAGCGGGGGGAACGUUUAUCACAGUCAACGCUCCGUUAGAUACUAUUCCUCUGCUAGUAAGGGCAGGGACCAUCAUUCCGGCGUUCGAUCCUCGCGUACAAGUUCUGAGGACAGCGCCACACCCAAAUGUUACCGGAUAUGACGAAAUAAGGACUCUCCAUCUGUGGGCGUGGCCAGACUCGACGUCCGCGUCAUCAGGACAUGACUGGCAAGGUAACACCUUUAUAACGUUGCCGAUGUCACUGUCGGUUGGCAAGGGGCUCGACGUAUCUCUUAAUGUGACGUCGGCUAAUUAUGACACUGUUAUUUGCCAGAUAGCCAUCAAUGGCGGGAGGUCCGUAAACUCGGUGAAGGUAGCCGGGGGAGGUCCGGAUCUCACGGAGAUGCCAACGUGGCAGGCUGUUGUCGAUGAUGCAGGAACAACCGCCGGUGCUUGGACGUUUGAUACCACAAGAUAUAUUCUGUGGAUUAAAGUUGGCACCAAAUCUAUUGACAUUAACGCUUUUUUCAAAGAAUGACGUCCGUUACCUUCCGUUUUUUUCUGAAACGGCAUUUGAACCUGAAAACAUCGGACCAUGUUUUGUACUAGAUUCUGAUUAAGAUUUGUUUAUGACAUUAACAUACUUAAACUCUUUUUGUCGAAAAUACCAAAAAAUGCAGUAUGAAAUAAUUGUGAAGCGUUGGCAACCAACUUUGACUACUGUGGGAAAUAAUGUGAUGAAAAGUUUUUUAUCC